AUGAAGACCACCACUGUCCUCGCCCUCCUCGGUGCCGCCCUGGCCUCGGCCCAACAGACCACAAGGUCUGCUCCUUUUCACCUCAAGUUCACCUCUGCCAACGAGGGCUCUGCGGAAACCUACCUCUCUACUUGUCAUUCUGGAGCAGGUGAAUCAGGUAUCUGCCCAGAGAGCAGCAACGCCCCCGCGCACACGCAAUACUACCUCAACCAAACUGCUCAGGAGUUCGAGGGGAAGACUCUCGGCCUUUUGACAUGGGAACUUCCCAUUGGCAACGGCAACCCCAUCUCGACCUCCUUGGGCCUCGUGCCCCAGCUCGUCAGCAACGGCGCUAUUCCCAUUUUCUCCCCCGGUGAUCGUGGCCUUUGGAAUUUCGGUUUCGAUGAGGACGACAAGCUUUUCCUCUUCACACGUCAGGAUGACUCCAAGGCUGUCCCCGAGACGGUUACUUACACUGAAGAGGCCUACUACCGCUGGCACAUCUGCUGGACCUUUGUCGGCAACUACUACUACAACGCCCUCGUCUGGGUUACUGCUGGCGCUCCCUCCAACCCCACUUGCACUCCGGUCGACGUUAUUAGGGAGUUCAUUCCUUCUUCUUAA